AUGGUGGUGGCUGGAUUUUACAAGAAGGAAGAAAGGAAGCGUUAUUCUUUUAUGAUGGUGGUUGGGUUUUAUGAGCUGAAGAGAUUUUUGGUUCAUAGAGCAAGUAUUGAGAAUGCGAAUAUUGUACAACAAGAAGCCGAAUUAGAACCACCGCCUAAUGUGGUUAAUGAGUUUAACCCAAAUGAGAUUGUGCGUGAUCCAGGUCUUAGAAAACAAAUUAGUGAGUAUGCUUCGGAUAUUCAAGACCAAGUGAGGAGGACAUAUAUAUUGAAGGGUCCAAUGCAACCAGAUUUGCCAAGCUUUCCUCGUACUCCAUUUGGAAGUGUUACAAGAGCAUUUAGUAAAUCAUGGUAUAAGAAUUAUACAUGGUUAAAAUACAGUGAGAUCAAAGAUGCAACUUAUUGUUUUUAUUGCUUUCUCUUUAAGAAACCCGGGAGGGUCGAACACUUUGAUUUUGAAGUCUUCACUAAAUGCGGAUAUAAAGAUUGGAAGCAUGCAUCUCAAAGCUUGAAAGGUCACGUCGGUAGUCAUAAUAGUUUGCACAACUCAUGUGUCAAGCACUACGAUGAUUAUAAUAAUCAAAGACAAAGUGUGGCAAGUAAAUUUGCUAAAGCAACCAAGGAAUCAGAAGAAUUGUAUAAGAUUCGUUUAACUUGUUCUGUAGAUUGUUCAAGAUAUCUCAUACCAUAA